AAAUGUCUGCUGCGAAUUUGGAUUUGUUAGAUAUUUACUAAAAUUAUAUGUAUAUUUAUUAGCCAAAGCCUGCGACUAAAACUCGAUGUUUGCGUGAAACUCAAAAUCAUUUCAUCAUUUUACAAAAAUAUAACUCAAGAACGUAAACGAUUCAUAUAACAAAAACUUCAACCUCUUUUCAACUUUUUAGGGGUUAAAUUUUGGAAACAUUUUUAAUUACAUUAUUUUUAGUAAUUUUUUACAUGUACUACAUACAACCUUAUUAAUUUUUACAAAUGUGACUUAAAAAAUUAAGAACUUUUCAUACAGUUUUUCAAGCCCUAUUUCACCCCCUUUUGAUUUAAUUUUUGAAACAAAAAGUAACUUAUAAUCCUCUUCGUAUUGUGGUCUCACAUCAUGCCAAAGUUUAUUUCAAAUAUAUUCAGUAGUAUCAUGAUGGCCGGUCAAAAAAAAUACGGACAAACAGGCAAACAAAAAAUAAAAAAUAUAUUUUUGGCUUCACCAACUAAAAUUUUCAAAAUAUCUACUUUUAUUAUAAGUAUAGUAGUUUUUUUGUCUGUUACUUUGGGCAACAAGAAUUUUAUAGGGAUUAUUUCGCGUGUUCGAUGAGAGCCUCCAGCCACUCAUUCUUUUCUGAUACUUCCAAAUAUUAUCGUCAUAUUUCAAACGUCAAAAUCCCUGACAUAAUAUAUUUAAUCCUUCCUUCCCUAUAAACCACUUAAUCUAUGUUAGUAAAAAUCAAUCAUCAAAAGUAAUCAUAUCCUGGACUGAAAAUGUUUAGGCAGCCUAUUGGCAAUAUACUUAUUGAUAUAAAAAAAACUUUUCAACAGGUGGACAGAUCGGUGAAGGUAGUAUUAUAUACGGGUUCUGACACCAUAAUAUAUAAAAAUGUCAAUUAUUGUCACACAAUUCAAUUUUCAUAACAGUUAAUAAUAAUAAAACAAAAAAAAUGUAGGGCUCUUAACCUUUAAAACACCUACGCUUUGAAUACGCUAUAAUAUUUUAUACGAUUUGUUUUAUUUCCUCCUAUUACCAUAAUAAGUGGGCAAACGAAUGAAGGAUGGCUUAAUUCUCUACACGUUUAUAAUGCUCUUACAAUGCGUUGGUUCCCGAGGGAAACCAAUAAAUCGGGUCAGGAUGGUUCGUGACGGUCAAUUAAAAUAAAAUUGUUGAUCAGAUUUGAAACAUUUACCAAUCUACGACGCCUACGUAAUAGAUUAAGAAUCUGUGAUAGCCAUAUCUUCGUGAUUUUAUAAAAGGUGAAAGUUUGUCAGCUCAUGCUCCCACCAUAGGUAUGUGGAGUUUGGACAGUACUAGCUUUGAGAUAUAACAGGUUUCAAGGAUCCAGACUCAAUUGAAGUACUUAUUCAAAUAUAAUUGGUGAAUUGAGUGAGCCUGUGUUAUGUGUGCUAAGAUAGCGGACUUAUCAUUUACUAGCUGACCGGCGCGGUUUCACCCGCGUGAUUUGCGAUCCUGUUAAAGUACGGGGGUAAUAUGUAGCUUAUAACCUUUCUCGAUAAAUGGGCUAUCUAACACUGAAAGAUUUUUUCAAAUCGGACCAGUAGUUCCUGAGAUUAGCGCGUUCAACCAAACAAACAAACCGACUCUUCAGCUUUACAAUAUUUUAUGGAUAUGUAUUUAUAAAAUACGUAUAAAAGCUUAUAUAAUUUAUAACACAAACGAUAGAAAACAUUAAUGCUCAUCACACAAAUUAUUAGUGGGAAUCGAACCCACCCCGGAUGCAGUAAGCAGGGUCACUGCAUCACAGCGCCACGCAACCGUCAAAGAUGUGAAGAGGGAUUUUCUGACCCAGUGGCCCGUUAAUAAAAUAUAGGCUGAUAUUAAUAAUAAUUGUAGUUCAAUGGUCUUAUAAAUAAUAUAAAGCUUCGACCAACAUUUUAAGAAGCUUGCACUUAACUGUUGGAUCAAGAGUCGGAUACAGAUGGCAGUGACUCUUGAAACGACGCGUAUUGUGAAGAGGUUCCUCACUCUGGAGUCCUGACCGCAGGUUGAUUGGGCACUCAAAUGUCCCGCAGCGGGGGCAUUUUUUUGUUUUAUAAAUUUUUAAUAGUGUUUUGUAUAACAUUAUUAAAAUUUAAAAAAGGACAUAUAAAUAAAUGAUAGAGAAUAAUCAUUAUUUCAAUGUAGAUACUAAGUUAUUGAGAGAUCCGUGAUAACCCAGUGGAUAUGACCUCUGCCUCCGAUUCCGGAGGGUGUGGGUUCGAAUCCGGUCCGGGGCAUGCACUUCCAACUUUUCAGUUUUGUGCAUUUUAAGAAAUUAAAUAUCAAGUGUCUCAAUCGGUGAAGGAAAACAUCGUAAGGAAAAAUGCAUACAAUAGAAUUAUCUUAAUUCUCUGCGUGUGUGAAGUCUGCCAAUCCGCAUUGGGCCAGCGUGGUGGACUAUUGGCCUCAUCCCUCUCAUUCCAAGAGGAGACUCGAGCUCAGCAGUGAGUCGAAUAUGGGUUGAUGACGACGACGACGACGACUAAGUUAUUGGACAUACAAUUCCAAGUGGAUUAAAUCAUGAGGUUUUUCUAGUUACGCAUGUAUAUUUAAAGUGCAUCAAUAUUUUUUGUCAAAAUAAAAAUAAAAAGUUUUUCUAAUAGCCUGGGUUAGUAAAAAGAAAUAAGAAGUAUGUGUUACAACUUUGACGGAACUGAUUUGGCGAGUUGAACGCAACCUAAUAACUCCAUGCAACGCGGUUACAGCAUCCAGUCAAAGGCCUCAUCGAAUGCGUUGUUUUGGAACGAUAGCGAAAUAGUUUUGUACACCACAACUGCUAUUCAUCAUGAACACAACCUCUACACGGUAUUACGAACCACAAUACGAGUGUCAUAAAAACGAAAUUUGACUGCAUGGUAAAACUGAAAAUGUGGUUCACUGCCGUGAAGUUGAAUGUAAUUGUUGUCUUUUUGUUAACAUUACGGGUUUAUUUAAGUGAAAUAAGAUAAAAUGGUCAUCUCACAAUAUUCUGUUGUUCAAUCCAGAUCGGAAAGCUUAGCGGGAGCUCGUGAUAAAAAGUGCCAAAAUAUACUUUGCCCAUAUUUAUCGAGAUUUCAGAAGUAUAAGAAAUGUAGAUACUGAUAUGUUACUGCUUUUUGAGGUAGAUUGUGAAAAAAACUGUGAUUAAGAUUCAGAUUCAAGCGUAAUUUGAAAAAAGACAUUUGCAGUUUAAGAAGUCAUGGAUAUCACUAAAUAUAUAUUAGUUUUGGUGGUUUUGUUUGUCGACAGUGAUGCGGGCGGUCACGAGGAGAGUCAUCAUGACCACGUCAAGCUUCACGUUCCAGAGUUCAUUCAGCACGAUCAUCACACAAAAGUAAUAACAAUUCAUCAUCAUCACCACAAACCGAAGAAAGAGCAUCACCACCACCACCAUCAUCACCAUCAAAAGCCACACAUUCCGUACGCGCCCCCAAAAUAUCAUUACAAUCAUAAACAUUCAAAAAGUUCAUCCCAUAGCGUAUCUAAAGGACAUACAUCAGUUGGCCCGAAAAGUCACGGUAAACACCAUGGGCACCACGGAAAACAUGGCAGUGCUGGACAUGGUCAUCACAGUCCCAGCCCAUCGUUUGAAAGUAAUUAUGGUGCAUUUUUACCAUCGGUCCCAAAAAUACCAAGUCCACAAAUACAUGGAGUAGUACACACAGUGCAACAAGUUAAAGUAUUCGAUUCAUUGCCAGGAGGUAUAAAGACGGGAGAUUCUGGUUACCAAGUAACAGAACAAGAAGAAGAAGGCGAAGACGAUGUAUUUACUUCUGUUAAUUCUCUAUCACAGUCGUAUCCAGGGGCGUACGGAUAUGAAGGAAACGCAGCAGAACAGAAUCAUUAUUCAGAUGCAGCUCAUUUCAGUACAAACCAAUCACCCAAUACUGAUCCAUUUGCAGCUGCGCAACCACAACCAACUUACUCCAAUAUCGAAGACUUUGCUACUCAAAAUCAGGCAACCCAGUCCUCGUCUAACAUGCAACCAUCAUAUUCUGAGAUAACUGAUUACAAUACUCCAGAAAACUCUUUAAUAGGAUUAGGUAAUGGCGGUAGUGAUCAUUCGUUACUAUCUUACGCUGAUGCCGCCCAAGACGUCACUCCAGUUAGCUUCUCAAGGGAAGCCGGUACACAACAUGCUAUUAACAGUGGUGGAGUUGAAACUAUUGCCUACUAAACAAUUACUUGUGGAAUGUUAGUUAUCUAGUAAGUCUAAAGAAAUAGAAUUAAAUAAUAAUUUAUUACCAGUAUGAUUAUUAAAUCAAAGCUUCGAACGAAACAUUAAGAAACUUUCGCUUGACUGUUCUAGGGACUGGAUCUAGGGUAGGAUAUGUGAUAAGACGAGUAGAUGGUAGAAAUGGUGCAUAAGAAGAGUAUUGUAAAGAGCUUCUUAGAGCCUUGACAUUUGUCUUCUCGGGUAAAGCUCUGCAUUUGGAGGACUGGAUUUAUUUUUAGUGUUUCUUUAGUUGUUUACGUCUAUAACAUUGUUAAAAAGUAGAAAAUAUUUGUAAAUAGAUAUACGAAAGAAGAAACCAAAAUAAAUUUAAUUAAAAAUUGUUUAAUAAUUUUAAGGUUUUAUUAUAAACUAAAUAAGUUAUUUUAUUAAUACGUACGCCAUAGUUUUAAUAACAAUAAAUAAUUACAAUAUAGAUAUCUUGGCAACUAUGCCACUAUUAAUCACGAUACCAACAAGCUAAGAAGUAGUACAAAUAUAACUCAAAUACGAAUAUACUCGUAAAUACAGUUAUACUUAUUUUAAAAGCAUAUAUUAUAUAAUUGUAUACUGUUUUUUGUGGGAUAUACAAUAGGAACUUACUACUUAUGCAUGGUAAAUAAUAAAGGAAAAUAAAAAUAAUAAAUUUUAUUGUUUUGUAUUUCAAUUUAUCUCUACCGAGCUUUUUUUAAGGCAAUCAUUCAAACGUAUGUAUUGUUUAUCUGUUUGCUUGAACUUGAUAAUUUUCGGAAUUACUGGAUUGUUGGUUGAUAACCUGACCAUACUCUUAAUAAGGGGAAGGAAGAGGAGGAUACAGGAGGUAAAGUAUGUAUUUAAGUCCAUUCGAAAGUUAAUUUUCACAAAUGCGGCAGGGUUGAUUUCUUUUUAUA